CAAAUGCAGCCACAAAGAACGAACGUAUUGAAAUUUUGUGUUGUGCUUAUUAAAAGGUGAAAAAUGGAUUAAUUGACGAGCUGCAAAGCAAGCGCACUCCGGUGCCCAAAGUACACCCAAUCAUUAUGAAAUUAAACGAGUUAGCCACCAUGGCACCCCAAACAAGCAAAAUGAAGUCCCCUGCGACGGAUGCCACCGAUUUCGUACAAGAACAAUCUUUAACAUCAUUUACCAUUGCCCAAGAGCAAUUUAGAGGAUCAUCAUCACCAUCUUCGCUAUCAAUCCUUACCAAUGGAAUCCGCAUCAUUAAUGGAGAUGUUGACGACGCCCACAACCUUUCCGACGAACGUCGACUGGGAGGGCAAGAUGGAGCCGUCGUCUCCAUCGGAUUCCCAGCAUGGUAUUGCUGAGGACAUUUUCGACGAUACUUACGAUUACUGCAAUGAACCCCUUUACAACAAUGAAAUCUGCGAUUUAGAAGAUGAUUUGAAACCCGACCCAUCCAUACUGGCAAUACUGCAAUUUCCCAUUGAAGAGCUGAAUGAAGAUCUAUGCUACGAUGAUAAGCUGAAGCUAUCGACGAACCAGUCCGUGCAGCUUGUUAACUACGGUCCACCGUCAACAAUUGGGGAAGAUGAAUUUUACGACUUCCCGCAACAACCGGAGUCGAAGACCGGGUGCUCGGCUGGAACCGAAGUGUUGAUGGAGCUCGAAUAUGUGCCCGGUAAUAUGGAGCUGAUGAACCACCUGACGCCACCGCAAACGCCGCCCCAAUCGUCGUCAUUUGGCGGUGUCGUUGGUUGCGUCCUUCCACUUCAGAUGCCGUUAAACACUGUCACGAUAUCGCAGCAGCAGCAACAGCAACAGUCACCGGAACAGUUCCAACAGCUGUAUGCGCCACAACAAGGAUUGCUGCAGCAAGAGCAACAGGUAUCGUUCCAGGGUUCCAACGACACCAACCACAACGGUUACUACAUCAUGGGCGAGCUCUCCAGCGUGUCGAACCAGAUCGUGAAUGAAAGUAUCCAGCAGCAAGCGGUACCGAUGGAACAACUGCAGGAAGUUCCCAGCGACAUUGAGACCACUCUGUUUAACUUUGGCGAAAACUACACGCCCCAGCAGAUGAGCGAGAUGGAAAAAAUCUUGCUCAGCCUGCAGCGUGAAACGUACCACGACGGAGAUGAUGACGAGUCGUGCGAUUCUUCCGAGAUCGGAUCCAUCGAAAAUGGUGGCUCCAUGUCGCCUGCAUCGUUGACAUCGUCCCUGGUUGCCCAAUCGCCGGUCUACAGCGAUUCGGCUGAAUCGUCCGCUUACUACGGUAGUAGCCGCAACGAUGGUGACGAUGAGGACUGGUGCCCACUGAAGGCGAAAAAGCUGAACGGCCGUAACGGUGGCGCUGUGACGAAAAAGCGUACCGGACCGAAUGGCAGCACCAGCAGCUCCCGUGGCCGUGGCAUUGAGGAGAAAAAGUCGCGUAAAAAGGAGCAGAACAAGAACGCUGCUACACGGUAUCGCCAGAAGAAAAAGGCGGAAAUAGAGGAGAUUCUUAAUGUGGAGGAAAUUCUGCGCGAAAGGAAUGACAAGCUGAAGAGUGAGUCGAAAGAACUCGGGCGCGACAUACGAUGCAUUAAGAAUUUGUUGCGCGAACUUCUGAAAUCUAAGAUUUAAAAAUCGACUCUACCGCAAAACAACAUUUACAUUUGCAUCUCUCUUACCGGUAAUUUUAUCAUUAACAGUAGCAAAGCAAUAUAAAAUCGGAAUGAAACAUUCAGUAGAGAUGGUUCGCGUAACAAACGUAACACUGAAAAUACUUAUUACAUUCACGUACCUUCUAGUAGAGACAGUUUAGUAAUCGUCGUUAAAUCGUAUGUCCUGUCGAUCCAGAUCAUCCCGACUAUUGUGUUCUGCUGUUGAAUCUUUUCACGAAAGGUUUGACACACGCGAUGGGAGGGCACGAUCAUGAGGAACACUAGAUUUUAAAAACAAACAGCAUAUCUUCAUUCCUUUCUCGACGGCAACAAAAGACACAUCCACAGACAAAGAAUGCCUCUCCGUGCUGGAAUAGAACCGUGAGACUCAGUGUUUAAAGGAACUGUCGUGAGAAGUCGAAGAAUCUUAGUCAGUAGGAGACGAACAGUGUGGUAGCAUUUGCAUUAGCCCGGCAAGUGAUGGGCGGUUGUUUUGUCUCCGGUAUGCCCAACACUUGCCGCGGCGCGCAAUGCAACUGUUUUGCUGUGCGGGUUUGUUCUAUCGAUCGAUCAUUACCAUUGCAGUUAAUCGUAGGGAAGUCGUAACAUGGUUCGGAAUCGCAUACCGUCGCUAGUGGACAUUGUUUUAGCCGUUAACAACACACAUACACACACGUUUGCGGGCAUCAUUUGUCUUUUUGUUUUUAAAAACAAAUUUUAACCGUAUUGUUUUGCCGCCUGCAGACACAGCGAGAACUUUCCAGUGCAUAUCUGUGUAUGGCGUGCAGUGUGAUGCUGUGCCGAAGCUCUGCAGAACGCUACUGGUGGCUCUUCGUGGUGUCUGCAUGCUCUCUGGCAAGGAUCGUAUUGAACUUUGGUUUACAUUUGUGAGUGAAAAUGAAAUGUGCUGGCAAUUUCAAAAACAAAACCCGUAUUAUUUCGGAAGGAAAUGAAACAAAAAGGCAAAAAGAUAAAUUGUAAAGCAUUACCUUACACACCCAUUUUACAUAUAUAGAUUGUAUUUUAUGUUUUUUUCUGUUUUAACUAUAAGGCACAAAUUUGGCAGACUAAAUUCAAUACGAUGUGUAAACACAGAAAGGAAAAAUGAAGAUCACAGAAAAUAAAACCCCGUAUAUGCUUUUUUUUAAUUAAAAACCCUUACCUACGGGGAAAGAAA